UAUCUCAUAGCUAUGCCGAAGCCUUCUGCUACCUACUUAUUUUAACACUGUCGGUAUCUGUACCGACACACCUUUCCCAAGCCCUAAUAACUCGGCAUCCCGGAACGCUUCGGUUAUCACCCCCCCGAUCCUCUCCGUCAUAGCGAAGGCCCGGGCUAGGAGAUGCGAUUUAUGAUUUGCCCCUACACGGCGGCAUUGACGACGGCGCUCGCGCUAUUAACGCCGGGUUUUGCGCUAGGAUACCCGGACGAGGGCUUGGCGCAGGAGGUCAUGGUUUCUACUGGGGGAGAAGGAAGGGGGGAUAAUCCUCUUGAUGAGGGUUUUGCUGCUUUUACCAGGGCGGCGCUUGAGCGGUGGCAUGUUCCUGGUAUUGCGGUUGCGGUGGUUGAUGGGGAGGAGACUUGGACUGAGGGCUACGGUAUCUCCAGCUUCCCAUCCACCCCAGUAACGCCCUCAACAUUAUUCUACGCCGGCAGCACAACCAAGGCCUUCACAGCCGCCAUCGUGUCCCUGCUAAUCGACUCAGGGGACUACACCUUCGACUCCGGUCCCCUGAGCUGGCAGACGCCGCUCGCGGACCUGCUCAGGGACGACUUCGUCCUAGCCCCGGGGUACGAGUGGCCGGCCGCACACCUUACGCUCGAGGACGCGCUCUCCCAUCGCACGGGCUUCCCGCGCCAUGACAAAGCGCUAGCUCGCCGCUACGGCCCCGAUUCUCACCCGGGGACUGUGCGCGAUGUCGUGCGCAGCUUGAGAUAUCUGCCUAUGGUUGCGGAGCCGAGGGUCGAGUGGCGGUAUUGUAAUGUGAUGUACAUGGUUGUCUCGCACGCGAUCCAGACGCUGACGGGGAGGUGGUUGGGCGAUACAAUGAAGGAAAGGAUUUGGACGCCUUUGGGGAUGAACGAUACGUUUUUAAGCGUGGAGCAGGCGAUGGAUGGGGGGAGGGAGGUUGCUGGUGGGUAUUAUUGGGAUUAUAAGGGGAAGGGGGGGUUCGUGGAGGUUCCGAAGUUGGGGCUCGAGUUGGCGAAUGGGGCGGGGGGUGUGGUGAGUAAUGUUAGGGAUUAUGCUAGGUGGGUUAGGUGUUUGAUUCAAGGGGAUCGUGGGGAUGGGGGUGCGGUUUUGUCGAAGGAGGCGCAUCGGGAGUUGAAGAGGGCGAGGAUUGUACAGGGGCUGGAGAGUCAGAAGGGGUUUGAUGCUCCGUUGGCGUAUGCGCUUGGUUGGGACGUUGGGACGUAUAAGGGGCAUAGGUUGUUUAAACAUAGUGGUGGUAUGGAGGCAUAUGGUGCUUUGGUUUAUUUCUUUCCGGACUUGGAGUUCGGGGUUGUGACGCUGGCUAAUACGGCGGUGACGAGUAAUGUUGUGGGCCAGGAGCUCAUCUGGAAACUGGUUGAUGAGAAAUUGGGUAUUCCGAAGGAGGAUCGGUACGACUGGGCUGGCUUAGGAAAUAAGAUGAUACAACAACAGCUCAAGCAACCCGAAACGGCGGUGGAAGAGCUAUAUCCAAAACGCGCGGAUCCACCAGUACCUCGCACGCUUCCGCUCCAGGAGUACGUGGGAGUCUACUCUCAUCCAGCUUACCAGAAUAUUACUCUUGAGCUAGUCGAUGGGGUGGACACUGCUUCUAGAACGAGCCCGUCGAAGACAAGUGAGUUGAAGGCUAACCGUGGCAAUAUGGAAUGGCAGAUGACUUUCGAGUUCAUCCACGUCUCAGGCGAGUUCUGGGCUGUGGUCAUUGACAUGUUGAAUACGCCCAAUUCUCUCAACGGGCAGCUAGCUCGUGCUGAGUUUGUGGUCGGCGUUAACGGGAAGGUGGAUAAGUUGAAGAUGGAAUUCAUGGAGGAUGGGAGCGAAGGCGUUAUUGUGUUUGAUAAGGUUGCUUGA